UGUGGCACACGUUUCUUUCAUAUAUUACAUCAAUAAUUAUUAAAAAAUGAAGAACAAUACCAAUAUACCAUCAUCGCCUAUAUAUUUUAAUUUAGCAGAAUACUGUUUGUUUGGAAUAAUUCUAGGUGUUAUUAUAGGAAUAAUAGUGUAUUUUAAUAUAGUGAAUAGAAAAUAUAAUACAGUGAAUGGAUUUUUGUUUGGUGGCAAAAAUAUGUCGGUGAUUUCUGUUUCGAUAUCUCUCAUUGCAAGUCAUCUGACGAGCAUUACACUACUGGGUGUUCCGGUUGAAAUAUAUUUGAGAGGAACACAAUACUGGGCAUCAGCUCUGUCUUUAAUCAUUGUCACAUUUCUCUCUGCAAUUAUAUAUCUGCCUGUGUUUCAUAAACUACAAUUGAACUCCAGCUUUGAAUACCUAGAAAUAAGAUUUUCUACACACACUCGUACAAUAGCUGCAGUACUAUUUGUCAUCAGUAAGCUUAUGUUAUUGCCAAUAGUUCCUUAUGUACCACUUCUAGCGUUUAGACUUGUUACGAAUCCCUUUGCUGGUCGUAUAACAGCAGUUAUUUGUGUAAUGUGUGCAACGCUUAGUGCUGUUGGAGGCUUAAGAGCUAUUAUCAGUAUUGGUAUAGUCACAACAUUCUUAGCAAUAGCUGGUACUGCCUUGCCAAGUGGACUAGCUUUAUUGCCUAUGGGAUUUAAGAGAAUGUGGGAACUUGCGAGUCAUAGUGGUCGGCUCGUCUUAUAUGAUCCAGAUCCUGAGUUGGAACACCAUACAUCAUUCUUCGCUGUAACUUUAGCACUAAGUACAAAUUGGCUGUGGAAGAUAGGGCUCAGUCAAGGAUCUCUGCAAAAGCUUCUAUCUGUUCCUACAAUUACCCAAGCUAGAAUAUGUUUAACUGUAGCUUGUGUAGGCGUUAUAUUAAUGAAGUUGCUAUCUUGUUUUCUUGGUUUAGCUGUUUAUGCUUGGUUUGCAGGAUGUGAUCCUUUAUUGUCUGGAAAAAUACAAAAACAUGAACAGUUAGUUCCACAAUUUCUUAAUAGCCUAUCAGAAAUGUUUCCCGGUAUUUGUGGCAUAUUCAUAAUUUCAAUAUUCAGUGCAACAACGGGUUGCAUUGCUACUCUCAUAAACUCAAUAUCUGGAGUUUUAUUCGAAGAGUAUAUACGGCCAUGGAUACCACAAAGUACCAGAGAACCUACUUGCUGUAGAAUAAUGAAGCUUUUAUGUGUACUUGUCGGAUUGUACUGUGCAAGUGUGGUUUGGUUUUCAAAAGAUUUGGACCGGUUGCAACAUGUUGCGUCUGGAGUGACAGGGGUCACAGCCGGAACACUUCUGGGAUUGUUCACACUGGGCAUUGUAUUUCCUAGGGCCAACUGCUCUGGCGCACUAAGCGGUUGUCUACUAAGUCUCUUGCUCUGCGGUUGGCUUCUCAUAGGGGCUGAAAACGCUCUAGCAACGGGUGCGUUGACCUUUCAAGGGAAGCCUCUGGUGGUUUUGGCGUGUGGAAAAACCAACUUCACUUUUGUGGCUAAUGUUACAAAUACAAUUCCGGUGACUAUCACUCAACUACCAGCCAGCAAGCCUCUUCAGUCUCUCUUUAGAAUCUCAUUCACAUACUGUCCAUUUGCUGGUGCCAUAUCAGUGUUGCUCAUCGGUAUACCAAUGAGUUAUUUAACUGGAAAGUCCAGAACAGAAUCCAUGAAUCCUGACGUCUUCUGUCCUUUAGCACAAAGCAUGUUACACAAAUCUGCCUCUAUCAGAAGUAGCACAGUAACCAUUGAAGCCAUGGCUGCUCAUAAUACACUAGAAGUGCAUAUGGCUUUAGACGAGGCAUUAAGGCAUUUGAAAGAAGUGAUAGAUCGUUAA